AUGGCAGACCCCAUCUAUCCAUAUGUGGCCCUGCUAAAUUUGGUGAAGUUAUUUACAACUUUGAGCGCUAUUCCAGAAACUUAUAGCCCAUUGCUCCUACCCUUAUACUGUGAGAUAAAGAAAAACGAUCAGCUUAGCUUUGAAGCUCUGAAAAAUUGCAAAGAGAUCUUUGCAAAAUGGAAUAACGGAGAAGAUGACGUGGAGGAAGAGGUUGUAAAACGUUGCAUGGAUAUGUGGCUCACGAUCAAUGGUGAAGAUUAUAUCCUGAAAAAACCUCUUUCAAGUAUACCUAAUAUUACGAGACAAGAGGCCGAGACAAACGACUACGUAGGCGAGAGCGAGCUCCAAAGGAUCGAGUUUGAUCCGAUCACGAAUGAGCCAAUCAAAAAUCCUUUGGGAAACUUGAUUAUAGAAGAAGUUGAAGCAACAGAAUACGUUGGCUCCGACGAUGAUCAUCGAUAA